UUGCACUCCCCCUCCCGCAUUCAGUGCGCCUGAAGUUCUGCAGACCAGAGCGGAGAGCCUGAUAGCAGGUGUACCGUAAAGGUGCACACAUUGCCGGUACCACGCAUGUGUUUGAUCAGGGGCAGUCUGGUGGGCGUACAUUGUUUCACUUACUUUGAUGGAAAGGGUCUUCCUCGUACUGUAGAACAUAAUAUACGUCCGUUGUCCAAGACAUGGCCGAAUUAACACCCCAGAAUACCGGACAUUCCGGAGCAAAAUUGAGCCGUCACCCAUGGUACAAAGAAAGACUGCAAACAAAAUAUCUUAAAGAAAAAAAUAAAAAUCAGCUACAUGGUCCACUGAAUAGCCAUCAGUGGCGCUUUUUAAAGAAUGGACUUGAUGAUUUUCGGGAUGGGUAUCCCUCACCUGCAGCAUGUGGAGUUUUCACUCAGAAAGAGAAGGGAUGUGCUCCUGUUGUCCUGGGUGCUACUGGCUCUGUUAAACAAACUGAGCAGACCUCCAAGAAAAGAUUUAACAAAGAACAGAUCUGUUACUCCAAAGUAACUCCACUGCAGCAGAUGCGACACGAAUAUAUUGCCCAAAUUGAGUAUGGGUUAACCCAGCACCCCCUGGCCCUCUAUCCACACCUAGAGGAGAGCGUGGCCCCUGAGGUAUUUGAGGAGGUUGUAAAUGUUCUUGACCCAGAAAUGCAUCUUGGUAGCCAAGUGGGGUCAAGUGUGGCAGAUGUUCAAGAGGAACAAGAUGAGAUUCUAUUCAGUCAGCAAGAAACAAAAGAGACAGAUCCAUCAGAUUCUAAAGGGGAACAUAGUGCAAGAUUUUCUGCCAGUGCAAUAAGUGAAGAUUCAAAACAGAAGAAUCCUUACAAAUGGCUUUCAGCAAAGGAAGAGACAGAGGAGAAGGAGAAGAAAACAAUCCACUUUAAACGGGCCUCGUCACCAUCAUUGGAUGAGGAGAUACAGAGUAUUGCCAAGGAUUUUUGUGAAUGGGUAACAUCUUUGGGGGGAGAGAGCAGUAAUAUAGAGGAGUCUACUCUGAUAAACAUGUUUGGCAGUGGCUACAAGGUUCAGCCUGCACUAACUGUACCUAUUGAAGUGGUGGAACUUUACAAUGUACCAGCAGAACUGAGGAUGUCCAUUGGAGGAACUCCACCCUCAUCUGAAAAUAAGCUUGCACAAAAAAAGAGAACUGUGCCAAAGAAACCAUUAAGCCAGCCAAAUCAUGUAAAAAUUAAAUAUGGAGCCUGGUAUUUGGAUCCUAAAAAGUGGAAGAAAAGGAAUGCUGAUGAGCCUCUUACAGAUCCUGAUUUUAUUAGAGAUUUAAUUAAGGAUGAAAACUUUGAUUCACUUACCAUGAGUGAAAGGGAUGAGGAACUUAAACAGCUACAUGGAACUCAAGCCUUUAAAGACUUUAUUCGCAGCAAAGGAGCUCGUGAGCCAAAGUUUCUUAAGAACCUUUUUUCAGAAGAAGAGACUGGAAAAUAUGUGAAGGACAAGAAGGAAGAAAAUAGAAAUGACCAGGAAGGAACUGUAUUUUCGCCAGCACAAGAAGAAAUACUAAGCUAUUGACUGUACCUUUGAGGUCUGAUGUAACAUUUGAAAGGAGUUGGAAGUGAAAUCGAGACUUGAAAAAAUUGAAGGGUUCUUGAGUGUUUUGCACCCUUGGACAGUUUACUGGGAUUCUCCUUUUCAAAAACCACCAGCAUUCAUGUAACUCUGGAUGCACAGACCUAACAAACACUAUUGAGGAUCCAAUAUCACAUUUUUGUGAUGUUAAAAAGAUUGUGCUUUCAUCUAUUAGCCGGGAGCAGAGGUGGAAACUCAGGUCUACUCACUUGACUGCAGUUGACUUUGUAGCACACCAUCUUUCAGUUGUACUUUAUUAAUAUCAAACAAUAGGUUUAAGAUUUUUGAUGAAGAGAUUCAAAUUAAUAAUGAUUUGGGGAAUCGUCUAAUUUAAAAAAUGAGUGCAGUGGCAUUAAAGGAAUAAGGACAAAGAAUAAUAAUGUCCAGGAAGAAUAUUCAGACCAGUGUGCUAUAGCCAGUGAAAGACUGAAUGUUGGGAGAGGAAAAAAAAAUCUUUUUCUAAAUGUUUUUUUUUAUUAAAAUAAUCCCAUUGUUCUGUGAUGGACACUAUUAUUUUCAGUAAUUUCACUUACUGUAGUACAGCUCUCAGUUGAGGAUGGUUGAAACGGGUGUGUCAAUGUGAAUAUCCAUGAAGGUUUGGUUUGCAUCCUGCAGAAAGGAUUUUGAUGGAGCACAUCAACUCUUAUAUGUAAUUAUGUGUUAACAAAAUUCAGCCUUGUAUAUUUGGUGCUCAAAAUUUAGGUAACACCUAGUGGGUAUAAAUGUUAAAGGUUUAGCUGUUUAUACUAUAUCAGAAUCAUGUCAUUUUUGAUAUGGUCAAAUAUAUUCGGACUUCAUUGUG